CUCAACCAGGAUUGGAUUGAUCUGGAACUGAUCAAACAAUGGACGGCACAAUGCGUAAAUCAGCAUGGGCGUAAGUGCGACAGUCCGUUGAAAACACCUCAUGUUGCUCCCGCCUGGUUGAUUGAUACUGUCAGCAUGUGUAUGGUUUCCGGGGAGUCCAUCUCCGAAUUUGUGGCCUUGAGCUACAGAUGGGGUUCGUCGAGCGGGUUCCGAACCACGACAGACAUACUCGAGGACCUGAAGAAGCAAGGUGCUUUGAUGCAAACUAGAUUCGCGGACAAAAUCCCGCCUUCAAUCAAGCAUGCCAUUGGUUUGGUCUCAGCCGUGAGCGAGAGAUACCUCUGGGUAGAUUCAAUUUGUAUCGUACAGGACGACGAAGUGCAGCUAGGGCAACAACUUGAACUAAUGGGGCUCAUAUACGCAUCUGCAAAGAUAACUAUUGUUGCCACUAACGGAGAUGCCACAGAUGGCAUAUGCGGCUUGAAUGGAAUAUCCCCGCAUAGGAGACUUGACCAGAAGUCUUUCUCGGUCUUCGAAAACGAGCAGGUCAUCCUUUCAAACAAUCCUGACUUCCGCUCCGGCUUGUCUCCGUACUUUGAUCGCGGAUGGACAUUUCAAGAGUUCUACCUCUCAAAGAGACGCCUCAUAUUCGCGGAUAGAAGUAUUCACUGGCAAUGUUGGCAUGCGACAUGGCACGAGGAUCUGAUCGACGAUAGCAGCCAUGACGUGUAUCGUGAGAGUGAUUUUCUUCAGUUUCGCAACAUCCUCGAUGGGCAGCCGGACUUUGACAGAUUGGGGCGUUUGUUGACAGAAUAUAAUGACUUAGAAUUCACUUACCCCGAAGAUGCUCUACCUGGAAUCACCGGCCUUCUCAAUAUUCUCAGUCGUUCGUUCGAAGGUGGAUUUCUUUAUGGGUUGCCGGAGACAUGCUUCGAUUCGGCUUUGAUGUGGUGUCGAAUGAUGCCGAGCGAUCUCGACCGACGGACAAACUCAGGGAAAAGUCGCCCACUUCCGGGAUCUCACUUACCAAGCUGGUCUUGGGUUGGAUGGAAGGGCUUUGGAAUAUCUAUCAUAAAGGAGGAGUCAUUCGCGUCGGCGCAGAGAUAUGCGAGAACGACUCCAAUUACUCAGUGGUAUACUCACGAGACGCCUCAUUCGGAGACGAAACGGGCUAUCAGGUCAACAUGGCUCGAAACUCUUCAAAAUUUGAACAAGGCCGAAAGUUGUCUUGCUCAAGGAUGGAUACAGGAGACGUACAACAAGGAAAUCCAUGGUCCAGAUGUCGGAUUGCCGCCAACCGGCCUCGUCCAGUACAUCUAUCGGCACUCUACCAUACCAGACAGAUACUUCUGGCAGCCAGUCUUUAUUGGAAAGGUAGAGAAUCAAGUGUCAAGAUACAAUGUACUACAAACACCAUACAUAUCCUGUCACACGAAACGAGCUUGGUUGACCGCGCAUCGAUUCGCGAUGAGCAACUUCACAGACCACGAUAUAACAUAUCAUCAGCACCUAAUGAAUGUACGACUCGCGAAUCAGAAGAACGGGAAGUAUUGCGGCACUCUUAUUCUUCAUACCGAAGAUGAUAUAUCAUACUUUUCGGAGGCGGACUCUGAGGAAACUCUCGAGAUUGAAAUCGUUGCCAUUUGUCGUCAGGAGUUGUCCUUUUUUGAGAUGCGGUUCGAUAUGGAGAAGGAAGAAAGGAUAGGAAAACAUGUAUAUGCUGUCCUCUGGGUUGAGUGGAUUGAUGGUGUUGCAUACAGAAGAGCAUCAGGGUAUAUCAAGAAGGAACGAUGGGAGGAACAUGAACUUGAAGAUGUCCACCUGGUGCUAGGUUGA